UCCAGUGUUGCCACAAACAUUUUUUGUUCAGAAAAAGAAAAAGAAGUGACUUACAGAAAACAGAAAUGGAUCCCCUUUUCUUAGCUUACAGCUAUUACAGGAGAAAGAAGUAUGAACAGUGUGCAGAAAUAUGUACUCAAUUACUGGAGAAAAAUCCUUACGAUCAGGCUGCCUGGACUUUAAAGACCAGAGCACUGACAGGACAAGUCUAUGUGGAUGAGGUGGAUGUGGAUGAGGAAGGGAUAGCUGAGAUGGUGAUGGAUGACAACACUAUAGCCCAGGUAUCCAGACCCGGGACAUCACUGAAACAGCCAGGGACAGGACGAGGGGCACCCAGCCAAGGGGUCAGGCCUAUGUCACAGUCUGGGCGUCCACUGUCAGGCUUUGUGAGGCCCAGCACACAAGGAGGCAGACCGGGCACCAUGGAGAAGGCUAUCAUGACCCCCAGAACAGCCCACACUGCCCGCCCGGUCACCAGUGCUUCAGGUCGCUAUGUCAGGCUGGGAACUGCAUCUAUGCUUUCAACACCAGAUGGACCUUUUAUUAACCUGGCCAGACUUAAUUUUACAAAGUACUCAGCAAGACCUAAUUUAGCCAAAGCUCUGUUUGAAUACAUAUUCCACCAUGAAAAUGAUGUUCGAAAUGCCCUAGAACUUGCAGCAUUAGCUACUGAAGCUUGUCAGUUCAAAGAUUGGUGGUGGAAAGUCCAGCUGGCCAAGUGUUAUUACAGGCUAGGAAUGUACAGGGAUGCUGAGAAGCAGUUGAAGUCAGCCCUGAAGCAGCAGGAUCAUGUAGACACGUACCUGUAUUUAUGUAAGGUGUAUUGUCGACUUGAUCAACCCCUGACAGCCAUAGAAGUCUUCAAACAGGGACUAGAGAAGUUCCAAGGGGAGACCACUCUAAUGACAGGGAUUGCCAGAAUUUAUGAGGGGAUGAAUGAUAUGGACAAUGCAGUAAAGUUUUAUAAAGAUGUACUUAAUUAUGACAGUAUGUAUGUGGAGGCCAUAGCCUGUAUAGCUACAAACCACUUCUACACAGACCAGCCCGAGGUGGCACUCAAAUUUUACAGACGCUUGCUGCAGAUGGGGGUAUAUAAUGCUGAACUCUUCAAUAACCUUGGUUUAUGCUGCUUCUAUGCUCAGCAGUAUGAUAUGACCUUGACCUGUUUUGAGCGGGCGCUGUCUUUAGCAGAGGAAGUAACUUUAUCAGAAGUAUGGUACAAUAUCGGACAUGUAGCUUUGGGUAUUGGAGACAUGACAUUAGCCUACCAAGCCUUUAGACUGACCUUAGCCAAUAACAAUGAUCACGCAGAAGCAUAUAAUAACCUGGGUGUCUUAGAACUAAGAAAGGGUCAUGUAGAAAUGGCUCGAGCGUUUUUCCAGGCCGCCCUCAGUCUGGCCCCUCACAUGUAUGAACCCCAUUAUAACUGGGCCGCUCUGGCUGAUCAGCUUGGAGACCUACAGAGCAGUUACAAUGCUGCCAAGAGAGCAGUAGAGGCGUUCCAAAAUCAUGUGGAUUCUAAAGAACUUCUUAAACAGCUUAAACAUCACUUCUCUCUUCUCUAGAAGUGUUUUAUUUUACUUGAGACUUUGUGGACAAUAUGGAGACUGACACUGUCCAUAUAUAUAAAGUCAAAAAGACAACUUUUUUUCCCUGUGAUAAUUGUAAAAGUGCAUAUGAGA